AUGUUUUUGCCCAUCACAUGCGCCACUUUACGGAGAUCCGCGUGUACCCACGGAUUCUCCAGUUCAAUGAAAUAUUUCGAAUUGAGUCGGCGUUUUUUUGGGUUAACCCAGACGGUUAAAUCGAAAUCCAUGAAGGUUGCGGUUCUCGGGGCUGGCGGAAGAACCGGCAAUGCUCUGUCAUUUUUUCUCAAACACUGCUCGUUGAUUGACGAGUUGGCGCUCUACGAUGUGACACCGGUGUGCCACGUGGGCAUGGAAUUGAAUCACGUGGACACGAAGUGCAGGGUUUCCACAGGGUUGCCUGGGGAGGAGGGGCUCAAAUCUGUUCUGGAGGAUUCGAAGAUUGUGGUGAUUACGGCGGGCCUGCCAUCGCCUGAUGGGAAGGAUCAUAAAGAUAUUCUGAUGCCGAACGCGGAGAUAUUGGCUUAUUAUGUCUUGAGCGUUAUUAAGCAUUCGCCGAGGGCCCUUGUGGCAGUUGCCACGAGUCCAAUAAACCAACUCAUCCCACUGGCUGGUGAAUUGUACAAGAGAUACGGAAUCUUUGAUUACAAUCGUUUAUUCGGAAUUACGACACUGGACUGCGUACGUGCGAAUACCUUUGCCGCUGAGAUUCUGGGGUUUGAGCCGGAGUGUCUCGUUGUACCUGUCAUUGGGGGCUCCUGCUCAAGGACACGUGUACCACUGUUCUCACAGACGCAGCCCUGCAAUGAAUUCACGAAUGAAGAAAUUAGCAAGCUCACUCAUGCUGUUAGAAUGGCGGAGGAGGAGGUGACGAAAGAGUACAGAGGGGGAAUGGGAAAGGCGUCCGUGACAAUGGGAUUUGCUGCUGCUAGAUUCUGCAUGUCUCUGUGUAAAGGCCUCCAAGAUCAGCGUGGUGUUGUGGAAUGCGCCUAUGUGCGUUCCUGCGUGCUACCGGAAGUGACGUACUUGACGGCGCCAGUUGAACUCGGCCCUGACGGAAUACAGAGGCAUCUGGGUAUCCCCCCCCUGACGAACUACGAGUGCAAACUACUCGAGGAUGCAAUACCAAUUAUCAAGAAUUCUAUCAGAACCGGCGAGGCACUCGCUCUUGGGCCACGUGUCACUUCCACGGAAAUGUGCCCCACUUAUGAUGAUGAUUGUGAUCAAGAGGUGUCGCGUAAUAUGCGAAUAAGCAGUGUGCGUCCUUCACCUUGUUCAACUUCUUAAAUUACCAAUCACGAAGUUCAAUAAAAAUAUUUUGUUAUAAUGAUAGGCGAUUGCAAAUGUGGUACAUGCCGAGAAAAAUGUGGUGCAAAUGCAAA